GACUUAAGCCCGGUGCCUGCCUUCACCAUCAGGCGAACUUCCUUCGCAGCCCACCGAUGCCGGAAGCUGAUGCCUAUUGGAUCGUGGGCUGGGCGCCGAACCGAGCAGAGAUCACACUGUCUUGUUCACGCUCUGUGCUCCAGCCGAGGUGAGUUUCUCCUGCUGCUGCCCCUAUCUCCUCUGUGCCCCCAGAAUAGAGCAGAGAGCGCAGGCUCUUGGAGGCAGUCUGACUCAAUUUCGGAUUUGAACUCUGUGUGAUCUUGGGGGGCAAUGGCGGCUUCAUGUGUCGUCCUGCACACUGGGCAGAAGAUGCCCCUGAUUGGGCUGGGCACCUGGAAGAGCGAUCCUGGCCAGGUGAAAGCAGCUGUUAAGUACGCCCUGAGUGUAGGCUACCGCCACAUUGACUGUGCUGCUAUCUAUGGCAAUGAGACUGAGAUCGGGGAGGCCCUGAAGGAGAAUGUGGGACCUGGCAAGGUGGUGCCUCGAGAGGAGCUGUUUGUGACUUCUAAGCUGUGGAACACUAAACACCACCCUGAGGAUGUGGAGCCUGCCCUCCGGAAGACACUGGCUGAGCUUCAGUUGGAGUAUUUGGACCUGUACCUGAUGCACUGGCCCUAUGCCUUUGAGCGGGGAGACAACCCUUUCCCUAAGAAUGCCGAUGGGACUAUCCGCUACGACUCUACCCACUACAAGGAGACCUGGAAAGCGCUGGAAGCACUGGUGGCGAAGGGGCUGGUACGGGCACUGGGCCUGUCCAACUUCAGCAGUCGGCAGAUCGAUGAUGUGCUCAGUGUGGCCUCGGUACGCCCAGCUGUCCUGCAGGUGGAAUGUCACCCAUACUUGGCUCAGAAGGAGCUGAUUGCCCACUGCCAAGCACGCGGCCUCGAGGUGACCGCUUAUAGCCCUCUUGGCUCCUCUGAUCGAGCUUGGCGUGAUCCUGAUGAACCGGUCCUACUUGAGGAGCCAGUGGUCCUGGCACUGGCUGAGAAGUAUGGCCGGUCUCCAGCUCAGAUCCUGCUCAGGUGGCAGGUCCAGCGGAAAGUGAUCUGCAUCCCCAAGAGUAUCACCCCUUCACGUAUCCUUCAGAACAUCCAGGUGUUUGACUUUAUUUUUAGCCCGGACGAGAUGAAGCAGCUAGAUGCCCUGAAUAAAAAUUGGCGAUACAUUGUGCCCAUGCUCACAGUGGAUGGGAAGAGAGUUCCGAGAGAUGCAGGGCACCCUCUGUACCCCUUUAAUGACCCAUACUGAGAACCCCACUUCCUGGUUUCCUUUCCAGCUCUCCAGCUGCAAGGUUCUGCCACCCGCAGAAAGGAGUUAAUAAAGCCAUUGGAGCACCCACACUA